AUGAAAACCUACAAGAUCGCAACGAUCCCGGCAGACGGCAUCGGCCCGGAGGUCAUCUCGGCCGGCGUCGAGGUGCUGCAGACGCUCAGUGAGACGCUGGGAUCCUUCGGCUUGGACUUCUCGCACUUCGACUGGAGCUCCGAGACGUACAAGAAGACCGGGAAGUACAUCCCCGACGGCGGGCUGGACGAGCUGAAGAAGCACGAUGCGAUUCUGUUCGGGGCGGUUGGAGCGCCUGACGUUCCCGAUCACAUCUCGCUCUGGGGCCUGCGCCUCGCCAUCUGCCAACCCUUCCAACAAUACGCUAACGUGCGCCCGACCCGAAUCCUCCGCGGCACGGAGUCGCCCCUCCGCAACUGCCCCGUCGGCAGCCUCGACUGGGUGAUUGUGCGCGAGAACAGCGAGGGCGAGUACGCCGGCCAGGGCGGGCGCUCGCACCGCGGCCAGCCCUGGGAAGUGGCCACCGAGACGGCCAUCUUCAGCCGGGUGGGCGUCGAGCGUAUCCUGCGGUUCGGGUUCCAGACGGCGCAGGCGCGACCCCGGAAGCUGCUCACUGUCGUGUCUAAGAGCAAUGCUCAGCGUAACGGCAUGGUGCUGUGGGAUGAGGUGGCGGCCAGCUUGGCCAGCGAGUUCCCCGACGUCACGGUCGAUAAGAUGUUGGUUGAUGCGAUGACGACGAGGAUGGUGUUGAAGCCGGAGUCGUUGGAUACGAUUGUGGCGACGAAUUUGCACGCGGAUAUCCUGUCGGAUUUGGCGGCGGCGCUGGCGGGCUCCAUUGGCAUCGCGCCGACGUCGAAUCUGGACCCGACGCGGCAGAAUCCCAGCAUGUUCGAGCCGAUUCACGGGUCGGCGUUCGACAUCACGGGUAAAGGAGUGGCCAACCCGGUGGCUACGUUCUGGACGGCGGCGGAGAUGCUGGAAUGGCUGGGCGAGAAGAGCGCGGCGACGAGGUUGAUGGAGGCAGUGGAGACGGUGUGCCAGCGCGGCGUUCUUACGGCGGAUCUGGGAGGGACGGCGUCGACGAAGGAAGUGACCGCGGCGGUGGUGGAGCAGUUGGUAUUGAGUAAAUAA